AUGAAUCUACCCCAAGUACCCAUUGCUAUCAUUGGCGCCGGCCCUGCUGGUCUCACUCUUGCACGACUCCUGGAGCUUGCAGGCAUCGAUUACGUUGUAUUUGAGCGAGAUGAAUCAGCUACGUCCUCUAAUGAAUCUUCAAGCAGUGGUACUCUUGAUAUUCAUAAAGACGGGCAGGUUGCUUUAGAGGAAGCUGGCUUGUUGGAAGAGUUCCAAUCCAUCGCCCGCUAUGACGUCCCGAUCAAAAUUGCUGAUGCGCAAGGCAUUGUCCAGGCACAUAUUCCUGGCGAUAGUAAUACAGAUAAACCAGAGAUUGAUCGCAAAGAUUUGCGAAACCUCCUCCUCCGUUCUAUUCCGGCUAGCAGAAUUCGUUGGGGCUGCCGUGUCCAGCAGGUGCAUAAAGAAAUCGAUGGAUCUAUCUCGGUCCAUACAAAUGGCAGUGUUGAAUCUGGAUUUCAUCUUGUUGUGGGUGCAGAUGGGGCUUGGUCCAAAGUUAGGAAGCAGGUUACCUUUAUUGAGCCGCAGUACUCUGGGACUCACUUCUUUACUACAUUCAUCCGGCUUGGAAAUCCAACCUUCUCUUCGGCUGCGUCUUUGGCAGGGAAAGGAAAUUACCUAGCCAUGAGCAAAGGACGACAUAUAUUUUUACAUUAUCUAGGUGAUGGAUCUUAUCACCUCUCUGUGGGCGUGAAACUUAUUGACAGCCAGGCUGUAAAGAGGGGUGCCGUUCUCCAUGACCCUUCGACGUUGUGGGAGUCAUUGCUACAAAAUGAAUUCGUCGGAUGGGCACAAGAGCUUACCAAAUUCAUAAAGUCAAGCGCCCUAAAUUUCCGCUCCUGGCCCUUGUACUCCACACCAAAGACGUCUUUGCCCUGGAAAUAUACACCUGGAUUGACACUGCUUGGAGAUGCGGCACAUUUGACUGUACCUACCGGAGAUGGUGUUAAUAAUGCUUUAAACGACAGUGCUGAAUUGGCUAAACAGAUUAUCAAACAUGGAAUUGAGAACUUGGAAGCUGCUGUAGUGGACUACGAAAAAGUAAUGCUGCCUCGCGCAAUCAAGGCAAUUGAAAAGGGCCAUUGGUUCAUACAGCAUUUUUUUGGAGCAGACACGCCCCAAGAGUUCCUCUAUGCUGCUAGUGCUAAGGACAACUGA